UAAACACAAGCUUUGGAAGUAUCAGUUUAAGCUCUUUAGAGUGUGGGAUCAAUGUAUCAACUCAUCGCACUUUGAUGCUAUUUCUAUGACAAUUCUUAUCCAUAAUUUUAAUUGACUUCAUCCACAGAGUUGAAAAAUAUCUUGAAAUUCGAUUUAUAUCACUUAGUAAGAGCCCGAAAGUGAUACUUCUUUGAAGUUCUUACCUUGCUUUGGCCUUCCUUUUGCCAUAUUCUCAAUGUCCAUUUCUUAACACAACAAGAGUUACUAACUGGUUUAUCUUGAGUAUACUUCCAUCAAUAAAAUACACAGUUUUUCUAAACUAACCUCAAAAUCCUCUCUCAAGCAUAAACCAGGCCAAUUGUCCUCCCUCUAUAAGAUCCCCCAUCCAGACACACUCCCUCUUUUCUCCCUACUUGGUUCGAUCUUCUCUCCUGCACAGUCUGGGCUAAGACUCCAGUCAGCUUCGGCGAAGCUAGCUUGGCUGGGAAGCACUUCUGGACUGUGGCCUCAGUAGAGUGACUUGGCCAGGCUGCCUCUGGGAAGGACACUGGGAGCUGAGUGGAGGUGGGAUUGGUGUAGUCCUGGAUUGUAGGCAUAGAAACGAAGGCUUAGUAGUUUAGAGAGUGGUUUUACCAGUUUGGGGGAUUUUAAACAGCCUUAUAUGAGUUAAUGUGGUAAUAUAUUGAGCCACUUUGAUUUCUUUCCAUUAUAAGUUUGUUAAUUG